AUGGCGAGCGCCGACGAGGAGGACGCCGCCUCCGAUGCCGUUCUCAGCGACGUGGAGGAGGACGAUCCGGCGCCGAUCGCCGUCGACGAGCUUCCGCCGCCGGAGGACGUGUCGGUGGAGCGGUUCCGCGAGGUCCUGGCGGAGCUCGAUCGCGAGAGGCAGGCGCGGGCGGCGACGGAGAAGUCGAAGUCCGAUUUGCAGGGCCAGUUCAACCGGCUGAAGGCGCUCGCGCACGAGGCGAUUAAGAAGCGGGACGAGUGGGGGAGGCAGAGGGACGACGCCCUGCGCGAGAAGGAAGAGGUCUCGAGGGCCAAGGAGGCGGCCGAUGCGGAGCUGGUCGAGGCCAAUCGGGUGAAGGAUGAGGCCUUGAGUCAAAAGGACGAUGCGGCGAAGCAAUUGGAUGAAGCGGUCAAAGUGAAGGAUGGUCUGCGGUCGGAGAUCGAGAGUUCGGCGCAUAUGCUUGUGACGGGCAUCGAGAAGAUAUCGGCAAAAGUCAGCCACUUCAAGAAUUUCGCUGCCGGAGGAUUGCCGAGGUCGCACAAGUACUCGGGAUUGCCUGCAGUGGCGUAUGGAGUGAUUAAGAGGACUAAUGAGAUAGUUGAGGAGCUCCUUAGACAGGUCGAUACGACAGCGAAAUCCAGAAAUGAAGCGAGAGAACAGAUGGAGCAGAGGAAUUAUGAGAUUGCCAUUGAGGUUUCGCAGCUUGAAGCGGCGAUUAGUAGCUUGAGGGAAGAGGUUGCCAAGAAAAGUAAUGCCGUGGAUAGUUUGCAGAGAGCGUUGAACGAGAAGGAUGUGAAGGUUGCGGACUCCGAAAGGGAGAUGUCAGAGAAGGUAAGUUCGCUGGAAAAAGAGAAUUCGGAGUUAAGAGAUUUAGUAGUUGAAUUUGAUGAUAAGUUGAAGAGCUUGGAAUCGAGGAUUGAGGGGCAGAGGCCAUUGCUGAUCGAACAAUUGGAUCAGGUGUCGAAGAUUCAUGAGAGAACUUGUAAUGUGAUCAGGAUUGUAGAUGCCCGUGAUUCCGAACAAUCGGACUUGGCGGAGUCAUUAUUUUUACCACAAGAUACCGAUGUGGGAGAAAGCAUACAUGCCUCAUUGGCAGGAAUGAAAUCAGUUCAUGAUCUAAUGGGGAUUGUUAUUUCAAAGACGAAGGAUUUGGUGGAGGAGAAGAAUCGCAAAGUGAAGGGUCUGAAUGAAACAGUUGACAGAUUGGUGAAGGAGAAAGAGCAGAUUGGGUCACUGCUCAGAAGCGCUUUGUCAAAGAGGAUGUCAUUAGACUCAUCUUCUAAAACCAGCGACUUGUUUCAGGCUGCAGAAAAUGGUUUGAGAAAGGCAGGGAUUGAUUUCAAAUUUAGCAAACACACAGGGGAUAAAAAAGUUGUAGGCCUUGGUGGUCAUGAAGGGGAAGAGAUGGAGACAGAGGAGGAUGAAAUAUACAAUUUGGCUGGUGCUUUGGAAAAUAUUGUUAAGGAGUCCCAGCUUGAGAUAGUGGAACUUCGACAUUCUGUGGAGGAACUAAGGGCAGAGUCAAAUAUACUUAAAGAGCAUAUUGAGGCACAGGCAAAGGAGCUCAAUCUUCGAAAGCAUCAGAUUGAGGAACUUGAAGAGAAGGAGAGAGUGGCAAAUGAAAGUAUUGAAGGGCUUAUGAUGGAUAUUGCUACUGCUGAAGAAGAAAUUGCUAGAUGGAAAGUUGCAGCAGAGCAGGAAGCUGAUGCUGGAAAAUCUGUUGAGAAGGAGUUUACUGUGGAGUUGUAUGCUCUCAAGCAAGAACUUCAAGAGGCAAAGCAGGCUAUGUUGGAGUCUGAGAAAAAGCUAAAAUUCAAAGAAGAGACAGCGGCGGCGGCCAUGGCAGCGAGAGAUGCAGCUGAGAAGUCACUUAGGUUGGCGGAUCUGAGGGCGUCAAGACUAAGAGACAGAGUAGAGGAACUGACCCGUCAGCUUGAAGAGUCCGACCUGCAGGGAGAUGCAAGGAGGAACCGCAGUGGACCGAGAUAUGUAUGUUGGCCUUGGCAGUGGCUUGGGUUGGACUUUGUGGGCGUUCAAAGAUCCGAGACACCGCAACAAAACUCUAAUGAGAUGGAGCUUUCCGAACCCUUCUUAUAGUACACUCUGAAACUACAGUUAUUGUGAUCUCACGAAGGGAAACAUUCACGAAGCCGUUGUUUCAAGUGAAGAAUUUUUUAGCGACACUGGUGCCAGCCCGGCGCUCCCCCCCAAGGAUCAAUUCUCCCAAUUGAAUUUUAGCUAAGACGGACGACGAAAUGAACCCAUGGGCGGUGCGAUUUGCUGUCAAAUGUAACGCUACAUUUUCAUCUUUUGCUUACUUGUAAAUUCAAAUGCAGAUUAGAAGGAUUGUUUUUUCCUGGUCUGGACUUUGGGUCAUGGGAUUGGAUUUACUGUAAUCGGCGAUGGUCUGCGCAGGUAAUGGGACCGGAAGAUGCUUUUCCUUUCGA